AGAAAAUGGGUAAGAAGAGUCGAGUAAAAACGCAGAAAUCUGGCACUGGUGCUACAGCAGCUGUCUCGCCGAAGGAAAUCUUGAACCUCACUAGUGAGCUGUUGCAGAAAUGCAGCAGUCCUGCACCUGGCCCAGGAAAAGAAUGGGAAGAGUAUGUGCAGAUCCGGGCUCUUGUGGAAAAAAUACGAAAAAAGCAAAAAGGUCUGUCUGUUACUUUUGAUGGAAAAAGAGAAGAUUACUUUCCUGAUCUAAUGAAAUGGGCCUCUGAAAAUGGGGCUUCUGUCGAGGGCUUUGAAAUGACUAACUUCAAAGAAGAAGGCUUUGGUUUGAGAGCAACAAGAGAUAUCAAGGCAGAAGAAUUAUUUUUAUGGGUUCCACGAAAAUUACUAAUGACUGUUGAGUCUGCUAAAAAUUCAGUGUUGGGGCCCUUAUAUUCUCAAGACCGAAUUCUUCAAGCCAUGGGAAAUAUCGCACUGGCCUUUCAUUUGCUGUGUGAACGAGCCAGCCCUAACUCUUUCUGGCAGCCCUACAUUCAGACCCUCCCCAGUGAAUAUGACACUCCUCUCUACUUUGAAGAAGAUGAGGUUCGGUAUCUUCAGUCAACACAAGCUAUACAUGAUGUCUUCAGCCAGUAUAAAAACACAGCUCGACAGUACGCCUAUUUCUAUAAAGUUAUCCAGACCCAUCCUCAUGCCAACAAACUGCCCUUGAAGGAUUCUUUCACUUAUGAGGACUACAGGUGGGCAGUCUCUUCUGUUAUGACACGACAAAACCAAAUUCCCACAGAGGAUGGUUCCCGAGUGACCCUGGCUCUGAUUCCUUUAUGGGACAUGUGUAAUCACACCAAUGGCCUGAUCACUACUGGUUACAACCUGGAGGAUGACCGCUGUGAGUGUGUGGCUCUGCAGGACUUCCGGGUUGGAGAACAGAUUUACAUUUUUUAUGGCACUCGGUCAAAUGCUGAGUUUGUGAUCCACAGUGGUUUUUUCUUUGACAAUAAUUCACACGACAGAGUGAAAAUAAAGCUUGGAGUGAGUAAAAGUGACAGGCUCUACGCCAUGAAGGCCGAGGUCCUGGCUCGCGCCGGCAUUCCAACUUCCAGUGUGUUUGCGCUGCAUUUUACGGAGCCACCCAUCUCUGCCCAGCUUCUGGCUUUUCUCCGAGUAUUCUGCAUGACUGAAGAAGAACUGAAAGAACAUUUGCUGGGAGACAAUGCUAUCGAUAGAAUCUUCACCCUGGGUAACUCUGAAUUUCCUGUUAGCUGGGAAAAUGAGGUCAAACUUUGGACAUUUCUUGAAGAUAGAGCCUCACUUCUUCUAAAAACAUAUAAAACGACUAUUGAGGAAGAUAAAUCUGUCUUGAAAAACCAUGACCUUUCCAUUCGAGCAAGGAUGGCCAUCAAACUGCGCUUAGGUGAAAAAGAAAUUUUGGAAAAAGCAGUGAAGAGUGCAGCUGUCAACCGAGAAUACUACGGCAAGCAAAUGCAGGAAGAGGCUCCACUUCCCAGAUACGAAGAGAGCAACAUGGGGCUGCUGGAGAGCAGUGCAGGGGGUUCCAGGCUCCCCCUGGUCCUGAGAAGCCUCGAGGAGGAAGCUGGAGCGCAGGAGGCCUUCAGCAGCAAAGCCAAGGCCACAGAAAAUGGGCUUGUAAAUGGUGAAAACUCUAUCCCCAAUGGGACCAGGUCCGAAAACGAAAAUAUAAAACAAGAAGAAAGUCAAAGAGCGCUUGAAGAUGCCAAAGGAUCUUCUUCAGACAGCACUGAUGAAGUUAAAGAGUAGCUCUGAAAUGAAGCUUGGUCUGUUGGGAAAUUCGGUUUAGCAAAAGUUUAUGAACAGUCCAUUUACAUCGCUGUGUUUCCUUGUUAACAUUUUUCUUUCUGCAGAGAGGAAAAUAAUGUUUUUGCUGCUUUAUAUAAAAAUGAUUUUUUUAAGUUAUUUUAAAAAUCUAGCUUUCCUUUUUGAUUAAGAUUGCCAUCUUGCUUCUAGGCAAAGCAAACAGUUAACAACCAGCCACAACACGAAGGGAAGAAAUGCCUUUGGAAGAUUUCGCAUACCCGUUGUGGGCAAAUGUAGUUUCUUCCUGGGGAAGAAUUCAGUUCCUCCAUCAGCUGUGCUUUUGUGGGCCUGUCAUCUUGACGACCAGAUUUCAAGCCUGCUCUGUCUCCUGCCAGCCAGAGCUGAUGGUGGGACUGGGGCUGUCCAGCUAAAGGUGGGGAGUGGCACAGCAGGGAGCAGGAUUGAGGCUGGGAAACUUUAGAGUCUGGGCAAAAUCUUUUGUUUUUCUCUUUAAAAAAAAUAACACCGUAGUACCAAAAGAAAAGGUAAGGUGGCAACCUUAUUUUUAAUAGUUUUAAAUGUUGAUGAUAAUCCUAAUUAUCUAAAUAUAUAUAUACACAUUAUAUCUAGUGAUUUCUAAAGAUUUGUUUACUUUUUGUGUUUUGUUUUACUGUAUUAAAAACUUGUCCUUUUUCCUUGAAUCAAAGCAGGACAUGCAUCAUCCUCCUAAUUUUAAAUGUUGGCUCUGAUUUUAAAGUGGUGCAUUUGAUUUCCAGCACUGGUAAUGGAGAGUUUGCAAACACAGCGGCCCACAGCUUUACGUGGUGGUGUUCAAUGUGAGGCGGCUCCCUGGCUUUUCUGGUUUUCACAACAAGCAAGAGCUACACUUUUGAGUAAAAACUCUUAUUAAAAGGAAAACGUGAUUAAUA